AUGGAAAUAUCAUUCACCAAUAUUGCCUUUGUAAAUUGGGAUGUUAAUGCUGUGAUUGCAGUAGAGAAUGAUUAUGUUUCGAGUAUUUACACAACAAGAGUUAUAUUUGAAGAGGUGGAGAUGAACAAGUUGAAUCGAAUGUUUGAUGUGUUUUCGGCAACUUGGCAACCAGAUAUUGUCAUUAGAAAUUCUAAACUGGUCGAUUCUUAUGUUGAAUGUUCAGGUGGCACUUGUUUUUAUGAAAAUUUGCAAGUGGUGAGGAAUUUAGGACCAUCUGAAUCAUAUAUUGAUUUUGAAUUGGAUAAUAAUUGUGAAGCUUUAUUCAGAAAUGUUUCCUUUACACUCAAUGUUGCAUCCAGUUAUGUAACAAUUGGUUUGGAUGAAAGUAAAGAUCUUGGUGCCUCAACUCAAAAGUGCACAUCCACAUCACCAAAACACUAUUUCAUCUUUGGACACACAGCUAGACAGUUCACAAUUGAGAAGAGCAAUUUUGCAACAAAUUGCACUGGAAGUCAGUGUUACAGUGUUGGUGCCAUGACUUGUGCAACGUGUUCCAAAGUUAAAAUCUCUGAUACCAACUUUAAUGCUACUGGAAGUUUACAAGUUAAGAGUAGUGAGUCAUUGACAGGUACUAGUGCUUUUAUUACCAAUGUUCAAUUCAGUUACACAACCUGUCACUUUGUUUCCAUUCAAAAUUAUUACAUUGUGUUGGUUGCAAACUCUGCCUUUAUGGAAAAUAGUAAUAUGGGCACGUUACCUGUUCUUGCUAUUGCUGAUUCACAAGCUACAUCUGUGGUUGGUACAAAAUUUUUGGACAAUGAUGGUGGAGCUCUCUUCUUACAAAAUGUGAGGAAUGGAUCCAUUAUUGGAUGUGUUUUUGAGGGAACGAGCAGUGCAUCUGCAGUUCGUUAUUUGGACUUGCAACAAUUUUCAGAGAUAGCAUCAGACAGUUUGAAGGUUAUUGAUUCACAGUUUAUUAAUAAUAGUGCCCAGUUUGGAGCAGCCAUUAAUUCAAACACAUUGAAGUUGAGUGUUUUACGUUGUAAUUUUAAGGGAAAUACUGCUUUGAGACAUGGAGGAUCAAUCUACAUUUCAGAUCAAAGCGAACGAGUUACUGAUAGAGUUUUCACAUUGGUACGCUCCACAUUUUCUGAUGGUUACAAUACUGCCCUCUCUUCAUUUGGUGGUUUUAUCUAUGUCACUUCUGAGAGUGGAUCUGUAUCAAUUACAACUUCAAAAUUCGAAACAGCAACAAGUCAAGAUUCUGGUGGAUGUUUGUAUUUGGAUAUUCCUUAUUCAAGUAUUACCUAUUCCACAUUCUCUAAAUGUUAUUCCAAGUACGAUGGAGGAGCUAUUUUUAUUGAGAAGGGAAAAUUUUUCCUGAACGAUUCAACUCUAUUUAACAGUACCUGUGAUGGAUAUGGAGGUGCUCUCUAUCUCAAAUCAAGUACAUACUCAUUUGUGGAGAGAAGUAGCUUCAACUAUGGACUAGCACGACAAGGAAGAGCUGGCGGUAUUUAUGGAGAGAGAAGGAGUUCGCUCAUUUUGAAGGAUUCCUCUUUUGAAGGUAAUGUUGCCAGUAUUCGUGGUUCUGCAAUUUACGUGUCGAGAGGAGAUUUAUUGGAUGUGAGAAGUUCUAAAUUUAGUCAAAAUGUAAUUAUUUACAAACCUGAAGAGGCCUACUCUGAGCAAGCUCCAGGAGGAGGUGCUGUAUUUGCCUAUGGUUUAACUAAUUUGAAUAUCCAAGAUUCCUUAUUUCAGUACAAUAGAAUUGUCCACAAUCCAGUGAAAGAAGGAAUGGGAGGUGCAAUUCUCUUCACUCCUUCAUCUGUUUCUACUACAGUUUCUAAUAUCACUCUGAGCUAUAACAAGGCAGACAAUGGUGGAGCAAUGUACUUGUAUAACAUUGAUUAUCCAAAUUCAAAAUUCCAAUUUAGCAAUAUUAAUUUCCUUCACAAUAGAGCAGAAAACUCUGGAGGUGCUGUAUUUCUCGUAGGAACAACCAGUAUGCGUAUUGCCAGCCAAUUCAAGACUGCUUUUUUUGACGAUAAUUAUGCUGAACUUUAUGGAGACAAUUAUGCCUCUGAUCCAAAGUAUUUUGCUCUUUCUAGUAAUGGAUGGGAACCAAAGGAUACUCCGUACGAUUUUCCUCUUAGUAUAUUCAAGUCUCUUCUCUUGAAAAAGUACACUGGUUUUAAUUUAUAUGCAGGUCAAUUUGUGAAAAUAACCUUGGAUUCGUUUGACUUGUUCAAUGAAAGAAUGGAAAGCAUCAAGAAUGCAGAUAUUGAUUUGGUUUUCACAACUAAUAUUAACAACACAGAAGACUACAAGAAUCACGUUUCUACAACCUUCUCAAAUGAUACAGCUAUUUUCAGUAACGUACAAGUGAAAGGACAACUCAAUCAAACCUUAAUUCUUUACUUUAAAUGUAAGAAUGUUAUUCAACAAUUUUACUUCCCAGUCAACCUUGAACCAAAUUGUCCUUUCAGUUUUGAUUACAGUGUAGAUGAUCAGGCAUGUAUUUUCAAUUCAGCAGUUCAAAAUGCAUUACUCAUUUCACUCGGUGUUAUUGUUGCCCUUGGUUUGACCUUUAUCAUUUUAUUAACCACAUUAUGUUUGUACUUCUUCAAAAAGAAACUCAAAGAAUUAAAGAAGAGAGAACAAGCAGAAGAAGAUUUACACAAGAGAUUACUCCAAUAUCAACUUAUUUCUUCCAAACACAGUUUGCACGAUGAUACAGCAGGAAAUAGCUCCUUCAAUCAAGAUAAGAGUUGGAUUAUCAAACCUGAAGACCUGCAAAUUGUUGAAAGAAUUGGCCAAGGUGGUGAAUCAGUAAUAUUUUUAGCUAAAUGGAUGAAUAACACUGUAGCUGUCAAGAGAAUUAAUAUUGACAUUACUCAAUAUGAUGAAGACAAUCAAGCAGAAACAGACACAAUCAACUCUACUUUUGAAAAGGAAGCUUAUAUUCUCAGUACUCUCAGAUUCCCAAAUAUUGUUACUUUCUAUGGAAUUGCAAUUACACCAAGUGAUCGGUUCAUUGUCAUUGAAUAUUUGAGUGGAGGUACAUUGAGAAAGAAGAUUCACGACUCGAAAAAGAAAAAGACCCCACUCAACCUGGCAACAAAGCUCAAUUACUUGUUAGAUGUUGCGUAUGGUAUGAAAUAUUUGCAUAGUUUAGAUCCACCAUUGAUUCACAGAGAUCUCAAACCUGAAAAUAUUCUCAUCUCUGAAAAUAAUGUUGCCAAGAUUUGUGAUUUUGGAUUAGGAAGAGAAUUUACUCAAGACUCUGCAAGUGUACUCACAUCAGCCAUCGGCACACCAGUUUACAUGCCUCCAGAGCUCAUUUUAGGUCAGGACUAUUCAGAAAAGUGUGACAGUUACUCAUUUGGUAUUAUCAUGUGGGAAUUGCUCUUUGAAGAACGUGCCUACAGUCCCGAAAGUUUUGAAGCCAUGAAGAAUUUUAUGGUCAAGCACAAGAAUCUUAUUAAUGUGAAACCUUACGAACCAAUUAAUUUGGAUGAAGAUAGUAAUAUUGAUGAUGUGGAAUUGGAAAAGGAACCACUUAGAAAUGACUCUCCUCUCGUGAAAUCAAACAUUGAUAUUGAGCAAAUUGAUUCUAUUACCUUGCCUAACUUUAACAUGAUUUCAAUUACAACAGAGAUUGUGAAUGGAUUGAGACCAAUAAUUCCAUUUAGAAUCAAGAAGAAUUUCUCCUUCCAAGGUACUGGCAGUGAUCACAUUAGUUCAUCUUCAAGAAGAUAUCAACAAUUGGAUCCUUUAUUGAAGGAAUAUGUCAAUUCCUUUUUGAUGGAAAAUGAGAAGGGAGGAAUUUUUGGAUCUUCUCGUAAUUCAGAGAUGAAGCUUGCCCUUGUUGUGAAAGAGUUGUGUGAAAUAAUGACAAAAUGUUGGGACAAGGACGUUGAAAGACCUUCAUUUGCAGAAAUUUGUGACAAGCUCAAUAAGUGUUCUUCCAUUCUUAUGAAUUAAAAUAACACUUCAAAAUGUUAAGUUUUC